AUGGAAGCGAUAUGGCUGUACCAGUUUCGACUCAUCGUCAUUGGGGACUCGACAGUAGGAAAGUCGUGCCUGAUCCGGCGAUUCACCGAGGGACGCUUUGCGCAGGUGUCUGACCCCACAGUCGGUGUAGACUUCUUCUCAAGGCUAGUGGAGAUAGAGCCAGGGAAACGCAUUAAACUUCAAAUCUGGGACACCGCUGGACAAGAGCGAUUCAGGUCUAUUACCAGGGCUUACUACCGUAACUCUGUUGGGGGGCUACUGCUGUUUGACAUCACCAACCGUCGCUCCUUCCAGAAUGUGCAUGAGUGGCUGGAGGAGGCCCGCAGUCAUGUCCAGCCUCACAGUAUCGUCUUCCUGUUGGUGGGUCACAAGUGUGACCUGGAGUCCCAGAGGCAGGUGAGCCAGCAGGAGGCUGAGAAGCUGGCAGGUGCCUAUGGUAUGCGCUACGUGGAGACAUCGGCUCGCGACGCCAUCAACGUGGAAAAGGCCUUCACUGAGCUAACGCAGGACAUAUUUGAGCUUGUCAAGAGCGGUGACAUCAACAUCCAGGAGGGCUGGGAAGGGGUGAAGAGUGGCUUUGUGCCCAAUGUGGUGCACUCCUCAGAAGAGGUCACCAAGAGUGACCGCCGGUGCCUCUGCUGA